GCUAUCCGGUCCGCUCGAGCUGACGGAGCCUGAAGUCAGGACUCUAACUUUUAUUUUCUGAGGAGGGGAGGGAGAGAAGACAUGACGCCUUUGGCAAUCCGGGAAAACUGUUGACCGUUCCUGGAGGAAAAAAAAAGAAGAAGAAGCUGCAGCAGCACACGGUUUGCAUGGUUUGCAUGCAAGCAGCGAGGGCUCCUGGGCCCGUGGAUGGCCCCCAGAUCAUGGCUUCAAGCGGGGAGAAAUCUCAUAUAGGUCACCUUAGGAUCUACCAUCGUGUCUUUGGAUUGUUGAGAGGAGGAAUGGAACAGGCGCACUAAGCUGUGCCUUCAUACAAAGCCCACCAAGACCAUUCCCUAAAGUCACACUCCUGAAUCUUCCUGAUUUGCCAGAAUGAACAGUUGAAAGAAAAGAAAAGAUAUGGAACCUGCUUGUACUUGGAGUUUAUUGUCUGAACAGAAAGGUUGUACCGAUGCCUUAUCUCUCCUACUUCUUGUGGGGUACUGGCAGCUAUUCUCAGUACCAGUCAGUGGCUCACUGAUCUGGAAUUUAGUGAAACCAAAUUGGAAGCUUCAGCUUUGAAAUUGCUUUGUGAAGGCUUAAAAGAUCCAAACUGCAAAUUACGGAAGCUCAACUAGCUGUGAGUCCCUCGCCCAAGUCCUGAGCUCCACCUGGUGCCUGACAAGGCUGCUUCUAAUUAAUAACAAAAUUGAAGAUUUGGGACUGAAAUUGCUGUGCAAAGGAUUAAAACAGCCUGACUGUCAGUUAAAGGAUCUGGCACCGUGGACCUGCCACCUGACUGGAGAGUUUUGUCAGGAUCUGUGGAAUGUGCUCUACACUAAUGAGUACUUAAGAGACCUUGACCUCAGUGAUAAUGCCUUAGGGGACAAGGGCAUGCAGGUGCGAUGUGAAGGGCUGAAAGACCCCUCCUGCAGACUGCAGACCUUGAGGUUAUCACACUGUCAUCUCACAGUUGUGUGCUGUGGAGCCCUUGCCUCUGUCAAUAGAAAUGAGAACCUAACAUUGCUAGACCUAAGUAGAAACCACCUUAAGAUUUUGGAAUGCAAAUGCUGUGUGAUGCACUGAUUCAGCCAAUAUGUAAACUACAGACAUUCUAGUCAAGUUAGUAUGGUGCAAGUAACCAUCCCAAACAGUGUUGUGAAUGUGACUGUUGGAUCUGAUGUCACACUUGUCUGCACCUAUACUAGCACUGUGGCCUCCCGGGACAAGCUCUUCAUCCUGUGGUCAUUCAUUCACAAGAAGGACUUGCCACCAGCUUCCAUUUACUAUUCUGAAGGUGGACAAGCCGUAGCCAUCGGGCAAUUUAAAGAUCGACUUGUAGGGUCCAACGAUCCAGAUAACGCCUCUAUCACCAUUUCACAUAUGCAACCAGCAGAUAGUGGUGUCUACAUCUGCGAUGUUAACAACCCCCCUGACUUCACCGGAAAUAAUCAAGGCAUCCUUCAAGUCAAUGUGUUAGUCAGACCUUCUAAGCCCUUUUGUAGCAUCCAAGGAGUACCAGAAACUGGCCAUCCAAUAUCUCUUUCUUGCCUCUCUGUGCUCGGGACACCUUCUCCUGUAUAUUACUGGUAUAAACUCAAAGGUGGAGACAUCAUCCCAGUGAAAGAAAACUUCAACCCAGCCACUGGGACUUUGGUUAUUGGAAAUCUGACCAGUUUUGAACAAGGUUAUUACCAGUGCACGGCUAGCAACAGCCUUGGCAACAGUUCCUGCGAAAUUGAUCUAACUUCUUCCCAUCCGGAAGUUGGAAUCAUCGUUGGGGCGCUGGUGGGUACCCUGUUGGGUGCUGCCAUCAUCACCUCUGUUGUGUGCUUUGCAAGGAGCAAGGCCAAGGCCAAGGCAAAGGGGAAGGAAAGGAAGAGAAAUUCAAAAACCAGCACAGAACUUGAACCAAUGACAAAGAUAAACCAAAGUACAGAGCUCGAGGCAAUGGCGGGGGAACAUGCUCUCCAGCUCGAAGCGACUCUGCCACCUUCUGGCCACGAGAAUGACCCCACUACCACCCUGGGUCCAGAUCAUGAGCCGACCCCGGAGCCGGAGCUGGAGCCUGAGUCUGUCUGGGAGCCAGCCCCACAGCCUGCCCUAGAGCAAGAGCCUGUCCCAGAGCUAGAGCCUGUUCCAGAGUCGGAGCCUGUCCUGGAGCCAGAGCCUGUCCCGGUGCCUGAGCUGGAUACAGAGCUGGAGCCUGAGCCAGAGACAGAGCCAGAGCUGGAGCCGGAGCCAGAGUCUGAUCCCGAGCCUGGGAUUGUAACGGAGCCCUUGUGCGACAGGGAAAAGGGAGUGAAAAAGCCAUAGGCUAGUAGCCAAGUACAGUGUUCAUCAGUAGGGAACACAUUACUGGCAUUUGGAGUUGCCCUAGCCAGUCUCCCACCAUGUCCCUCUCUUCUGACCUGCCCUCUUCUAACAAGGUGCUCCUGCCUUUGAUCCAAAAUAAAUAGGUCAAGAUAAAUGCAAGGGUUCCUCUGUUACUUUCACUCUAACAUGUAAGUGUGACUAAUGACAAAGCAAGUAACUUUCUAAUUCAGUUGAAGGCAUUUUGCAGCAAUAUCUACAUUGUACUUUGGAAAAUCUCAUUUCUCUAUUUUCAGCUACUCUGUUACAUUCCGCAUGCACACAUGACAAGGUGGCAUUAACUGGAUUCAAUGCUAUUCCUAGGAUCAGUUGGUCAGGGCUUCUCUAAUUCAUUUUCACAAUGGCCACAAAGACAAAAAUUUGCCAGCAUUCUUUGAGAGAGAUGGGAGGGGGGAGAAAUCCUCAAAAAUUCCAGAGGAGGAUAUGUAAAGGGCACAUAUUCAAAUGAGGUCUUAAAAAAAUCAGUGCUUCAUUUAUCAUAUUAGAUUUCCCAAGGAACCACCCUGCUAUACAAGAUCUUGAGCACAGCAAAGUUUUUAAAUAACCUUAUUUUUAAAUGCUAGAUGAUGUACAGGCAAACAAUUCCAAAUAACGUGUUCCUUAGAUGACCACAAAAUGUUAGGAUCAUGGGUGGUGUACAAUUUAGCUUCUAAUGAGAUGUUAUCACUCUGUCUGAUCCUAUCUACUUUAGAAGGGCCAGAAUAGGAAACUGUUCUAAAUGAACACUUAAGAUCUGUUUUAGAUAAUCUGAACUAAUUAUUUAAUCUGUUUCACUGUUGGGAUAUUCCACAUUAAUAGAUACCAUUUUUGUAUAAAUGCUAACUAUUAACUAACAUGCUAAAAUGUUUUUUCCAUUGAUUGUAUUUUCCCCACAUUCCACUUGAAGAAAUUUGUAGGUAGACUUUCUCAUUUGUGUAAUCAGAUUUUAAAUCUUAUUUUGAGGCUCAAUAAAUUAUCAAUAAAAUCUUAUUUGAAUGAUCCUAAGGUAAAUCUUUUAUUAAUGUUAUCGACAUAUACUUCAUGUACAAUAAAGCACACCCAUUUCAUGUGUAUCAUUUGAUGAGUUUUGACAGAUGUAUAUGCCCAUGAAACCACCACAGUUUAAAUAGAGCAUUUCCACCAAAUCCAAAGUGUUUUUGAUGCCUCUUUGUGCAAUCCCACCA